GACGGAGGAGCCCCCGCUCGACCUGCCGCGGGCCUUCGCGGAGCACUGGAAGGGCCUCACGCACUUUUACCUGGAGGCCACAGACGAAAGCAGGCCCGCCCGGCAGACGGACAUUCCCUGGCGCUUGAGGCAGAUGCUGGACAUCUUGGUCUACGAGGAGAAGCAGCAGCCCGCCGGGGAGACGGGGCCCUGCUUGGAGUACCUGCUGCAGCACAAAAUCCUGGAGACGCUCAGCACGCUGGGGAAAGCCGAGUAUCCUCUGGGAAUGAGAUCUCAGGUGCUCCUCUUCUUCAGUCGCCUGCUGGGACAGAUGCAAUGCCCUUUGCUGCAUUACCUGAGUGUGUACAAACCUGUGCAGAAACUCCUUCAGCUUGGGAGCAAUGCACUAGGCCCAGAGCCCGAGAAGGAAGUGAUGCAGUUUGUUGCUGUCCUGUGCACCAAGAUUCAGCAGGAGCCUGCCCUGCUCCCGUAUCUUCUGGAGGUCAGGUGUGCGGAUCAGCCCUCCCAUCUUCGGGGGGCAGCCUCCGAGCCCGUGUCAGCCCCCUCCCAGCUUCCGCCCGCACCGGCAGAGCCGAGCAGAGGGCUGUGCCAUGAGGAAGCUCCCUGUGGGGAGCCCACACAGGCAGCUCCCCCUGCCCUGAACCUGGUGACCUCUUUGAUCGGCUUGUGCAAGAGCCAGAAGAGGAAGGUUGCUCUGAAAGCUCAGGAGAACCUGCUGCUGCUCACAAGCAUGGACCACCCCGCCAUUGCUCAGACCUUGGCGCGAGACACCGUGCUCUGUGCCCUGCUGGCAGAGCACCUCUGCGCCCUGUUCGAGGCCAUCCCCGCAGCUGUCAGCCCUGCUGAUGUCACCACGCUUCGGCCAGCCAGCUGGAGGCUUCAGGGCCGCUCAGGGGAGGAGAGCGCUUUUCCCGGACAGGCCAGCCUGGAGGCUUUCUUUGCCUGGCUCAGCCUCUGCGACAGUCUUGCGAAAGAGGCCCACCCGGUUCUUGCUGGUGCCCUCAGCGAAGCUGUGGGCCGGAGGCUCUUCCUGGGCAGGCUGCAGCCCCAGCUCCUGCAGAUGUCAGAGCGGGGCAUCCUGCUCUCCACGGCGCUCCUGACUGGCCUGGUGAAACAGGUUCGUGCUCCUGCCCUCCUCCAGGAAUUGGUUGCCUUUGUGCUGGGAGCUGAGGGGGACCCAGCGCGCCCCCUGCAGCUGCUCGCCCACCUGACGGAGCGCUGCAGGCAUCUGUCCGACGAGAUCAGCACAGCUACCCUGCGGCUGUUCGAGGAGCUGCUGCAGCUUCCUGACGAACGGGUUGUGCGGACGCUGGUGCUGCGCCACCUGGAGGAGCGCGGCUACGUGCUGAGAGGCCCAUCCGGGCAGGAGGAGCCCGUGGCUCGAGAGGAAGGGCCCUGCGAGGACGGGCUAGAGCUGGAGGAAGAUCCCUACUUCCCAGACAUCAGCUUCCGGGUCUCUGCAAAGCCAGCCCAUCCCGCCAAAAGGCUGGGCGCCAUGCCUGAUGUGAAGGAGGCCGUCAGCAGCUUCCUUUGCCUCGUUCCUAGUGAGGCAAAGACUUCUGCCUACCUGGAGGAGGGUGGUUAUGAUGCCUAUGUCUACGAUGCUGAAGUGCUGUUCCAGGCGUGUCGUGCCACCGCCUCACACUGGGGUUGGCCCCAGGCUUCCCGGCCCCUGGAGGACUGUGCUGCCGGAUCCCGCUUUUACGAGGGCCGUUUCCUGGAGGUGCUGCUUGACCGGCUGGUGCAGAUCCUGGACCAGCCCUACGCAGUGAACCUGCAGGUGACGUCAGUGCUGUCCCGCCUGGCCCUCCUGCCUCACCCCCACCUUCACGAGUACCUGCUGGACUCCUACCUGCCCCUGGCCCCAGGCUGCAGGAACCUCUUCUCCGUGCUGAUCAGGGUGAUUGGAGACCUGAUGCAGAGGACCCAGCGGAUCCCUGAUUUCCCGGCAAACUUGCUGCUGGUCCGGAAGCAGCUGAUGGGGCAGGCCCCUGCAGAGCACCCGGUGAGCCACCAGACACUGCUGGAAGGAGUGGUCGUGCUCGAGGAGUUCUGCAAGGAGCUUGCCGCCAUCAUCUUUGUCAAGGCCAGGCUGGAGGCCCCUGCGUGAUUCCCCCCGCAGCCUCCAUGAGCCAGCCCCGCGUCGUGCGGCCGGGAGGGCCAGCGCCCCGGCCUCCACGGGCCGCGCCUGGGACAUCUGUGGGCUCCUGGCAGCCGUGGCCAGGCGGCUCCGCUGCACGGAGGGAGCACGGCAGCGGCCUCGUGGCAAGGGGCAGAGCCAGCGGAGCCCGCAUGGGGCCCCGGCAGCAGUGGCUCUUCGGCUGCGCGACUUGUUGACCCAGCCAUCUGCAUCCCGGUCCCUCCUGCCUCCACAGAGCUGCCUUGGUCCUCUGCAGCCACCUGAGUCAGACUCCCGAGCCUGCGCUGGGGAGCGGAGAGGAGCAGCCGUCUGCUGACCAGCCGACCAGCUUUUGGCUUCACGCUGGAGCUCCCAGCCAGCGGACGACCCUGUCCUGGACUGAGCUUAAGGACCCUGGCUGUGCCCUCCUGCUGUUGGUGCCCCAUCCUGCUUUCACUGCCGCUUUUGGCCUUCGCUUUAUUUCAUGGGGACCGUCUGUGGGACAUGGGUGCUGAGCAGCGACUGCUGCAUCUCUGGAAGAAGCACAGCAGGGGUUGUGAGCAGAUGGAGCUGCUGCCGUGGGUGGCACUUCCUCGGCAGGUUUGUUGCUCGUGCUUCACCUGGAGCCUUUUCGGCACAUGCUGGGCUGCCCGGGAAAGCCGGUUGCAAUCACCUUGUUGCUGUUCCCCCGGCACCUCUUGCCAAAUUCUAUUCAUGCCUACUCAGGAAGAAUAUCUUAGGUUUGAUUUUAUUGUGCAAGACAGUUUAGCAAGUCAACUUCCCCUUAAGUUUAUGAGUAACUUGUAGUGGUCACACAAGUUGUCUGUGCUGAGAAAAUGAGGGUGACUUCAAGAUCAUACACAGCCACUUCUUAAUGGGAAUUAUGUCUAUACGUGUGUAAAAUUUGGUGCACUAGAGCAGGGACAUCAACCUUUAACCAACCGGUACAUUUUUUGGUAUCGGUAUUUGGUAUUCAGGUGCUUUACUUCCGUAGGGCAGGAUGCACCAGCCCAUUGAUUUGUACUUGUGCCUGAAAUAAACAGGUUGUGGAAUGUG